GACUGUCAAAGUCCUUCAGAGAGAGAGAGAGAGAGAGGGGGAAAGAGGGAGAGAGAGAAGACUCAGAUAGAGAUAACACCUGAGCAUUAGGUGAGCUCCUCCUUCGGACUGGCAGUAGAGACAGGAGGAGGACAUGGCUGGGUACAAGCCCAGGGUGAUAGUUCUGAGUAAGAAGCCAGGUCAUAGCUUUGGCUUCUUCCUGAGGGUGGAGAAAGGCGAGGAUGGUCACCUGAUCAGGAACCUUGAGAUGGGCGGGCCGUCCGAGCUGGCGGGUUUGAAGGAUGGAGACCGCAUUCUCCGGGUCAACGGAACCUAUGUGGAUGAAAUGGACCACUCACGGGUGGUGGACCUGGUGAAGGAGAGUGGUGCAUCCGUCACCUUCCAUGUUCUGGAUGUGGCAUCCUACAAGCAGGCCAAGACUGAGGGGGUGGAUCUUUCUGACCCUCACCCCAAACCCACCCAGCCCACCAUGAACGGAGUGGCAGGAGAGGCACCCAAACCUAAACUCUGCUACCUGGCCAAGUCCAGCGGGGGUUACGGCUUCUCUUUGCGCUCUGUCAAAGGUGAGGUGGGCAUGUUCAUGGCAGAGGUGAACCCAGGGGGUGUGGCCGAGAGGGCAGGGGUCAAGGCCAACGAUCGUCUGAUAGAGGUCAACGGGGAGAAUAUGGAGAACGCCACUCAUGACCAGAUAGUAGAGAAGGUCAAGGCAUCAGGCAGCAGAAUCAUGUUUCUAUUGGUGGACGAGGACACAGACAAGUUCUACAAGAACAAACGCAUCAAGCUUGGUGCGGGGCUAGCCACAGUGAAGUUCCUCCCACUGAAGCCACGCAUUGUAGACUUGUUCAAAGGAUCAGACGGCUAUGGAUACUUCCUAAAGGCUGAGCCUAACAAGACAGGCCAUUUCAUCAAGGACAUUGACAGGGGCAGCCCAGCUGAUAGGGCGGGACUAAAGGAGAUGGACAGGCUGGUUGCCGUGGAGGGAGAGGAAGUGGACAGCUGCAGCCAUGAGCAGGUGGUGGACAGGAUCAGGCAAUGUGGCAACAAGUGCUGCCUCCUGGUGGUCGAUGAAGACACGGACACGCUCUACAAGAUGGGAGGCGUGUCUCCUCUUUUCUACUUGGAAGAGAUGGGAUUCCUCCUUCCAGCGAGCCCUCCACCCAGCUACCCAGAGUGCAUCCCGGCCCUUGCCCCAGCCACCACAGCGCUCCUCAAGCUGUGUAAGAUGGAGAAGACCUCCGCUGGGUACGGCUUCCACCUCAACAGUAUCCAGGGGGUCUGUGGCCUGUACAUCAAUGAGGUGGUGAAGGGCGGAGCUGCAGACAGGGUGGGUAUGGAGGACGAUGACAUUGUGGUGGAAGUGGACGGUGUAAACGUGGAGCAGAGCAGUCACCAGCAAGUGGUGGGGUUGAUCCGUAACAGCGGCAGCUCACUGGUGCUCCUAGUGGCUGGGAAGCAGGCCUAUGACCACUUCAAAGCCAAAGGGGUGGCCAUCACACCCCAGCUCCUCACCCCCGCACCCACAGCCAGGUCCCCAUCCCCACCCCCCUCCCCCACAGCCAGGUCCCCAUCCCCAUCCCCACCCCUCUCCCCCACAGCCAGGUCCCCAUCUCCACCCCCCUCCCCCACAGCCAGGUCCCCAUCCCCACCCCCCUCCCCCACAGCCAGGUCCCCAUCCCCAUCCCCACCCCCCUCCCCAGCCCAAAGACACACACCAGCCCAGAUAGACACGCCAGCCACUCUGGAGGAAGUCCGAGAGGAGGUGGAGGAGGAGGAGGAGGAAGCUAAGCCAUACAUCCCACUGCCCCAGACACGAGAGAGAACUCCAUCUGUGUCUUCAGCAGCAUCAUCUUGCUCGAGUGUUGAUGAGAGACUCUGAGAAGUCACCAAUUAGAAACAACUUCCUGACUUUUUCUGUCUCCCGUCAACCUUUGUACCAUGCAGGAUAAUGUGGAUAUCUUGGCAUAAAAACUCUGAUCAAACUAAAUACAUUCCAAUGACAGUCUGUUUAAAGGUAUGAAUACAAUUGGUUUAAAAAAGUAAUAAAUUGUUAUGUAUUUA